AUGAGUGUAAUUAAAGUUACCGAAGAAUUUUCUCAAGAAUUAAUGAAAAAAAUGUUGGAUUCACGUUUAGACUUAAAAGAUUAUGUUUUACAAAAUGCUCGUCAAGGUGAUAUUCAAAAUAUAAUUGAUACUAUUGAUCAAUAUGGUUGGACUAAACAAUGGUUAAUGAAUAUUGGUGAUCGAAAAGGAAAAAUUCUUGAUCAAGCUAUUCAAA